AUGAGGGUCUUCUCUUACUCCCUCCCGUUGAUUGCAAGCGCAAUAUCCCUUUUUGCUUGCGAUGUGCAAGCCCGGUCGCAGUCACCCAACACCAUUCAGCACAUCUCGACAUUAGACCACCCGACAAUACAGACACCCUCGCAUCAGGUUGAUCAUCUGACACACUUCGACAUCACCUUCAACCUCCGUGACAAGAAUCAACGAGUCAAGCUCGAACUGGAGCCGAAUCAUGACAUUCUGGCGGACGAUGCAUAUGUACAAUACCUCGAUGCCGAUGGGAAUGUCCGACGAGCGGAACCCAUCUCUCGCCAAGAUCACAAAGUCUUCAAGGGAAGGAGUCUAAUCGGCCGGGGUCAGGGCAUGUGGGAUCCAGUCGGAUCGGCUAGAGUCUAUCUCAAGCAUGACGGUGACCAGCCCCUUUUCGAAGGCGUAUUCAGUGUGCAUGGGGACAACCACCACGUGGAGUUGAAGUCGACCUACCUCCAGAAGAAACGCAAGCAGGAUGCCGAUAUUGUCGACACCAAGGGCGAAUACAUGGUCGUCUACCGCGACUCGGAUAUGUAUCGCGUCCACACAGAGCUAAAGCGAUCGGUGCUGGGAUCAACAUCAUGUCAAGCUGAUCAGUUGGACUUCAAUGUCGAUCCAAAUCACCCGGUUCUUUCAUCCUAUCAAAUGGAUGUGGAUUCAGAUCGUUGGGGAGUCAUGUCGAUGAAUUCCUUGUUCGGAUUGAGCAAGCGGCAGUCGGAUACCGGCAGCGUCUCUGGAAACUCAGGGACCGUGAAUUUGGCGUCGACCAUAGGUGACACUUCGGGCUGCCCCAACACAAAACAAGUGGCCUUGAUCGGAGUUGCUACGGACUGCUCAUUCACAGGCUCCUUCAAGAAUGAGACUGCAGCGAAGCAAUGGGUGAUUAGCACAGUCAACAGUGCUUCCAGCGUUUAUGAGAAGUCUUUCAAUGUCUCGAUUGGCCUGCGGAAUUUGACUAUCUCGGAGAGUUCUUGCCCUGAGAACCCACCCGCAGCUACUGCAUGGAACAUGCCCUGUUCGAGCGGUAAUCUCACCUCCCGUUUGAAUCUGUUCUCCGAGUGGCGCGGCCAGCAUAGUGACUCCAACGCGUAUUGGACUCUCUUCAGUGACUGUCCGACCGGCAGCGAAGUCGGCGUGUCUUGGUUGGGACAGCUGUGCAAUGCGGAUGUGACUACUAGCGGCGACAACUCCGUCAGUGGUGCCAAUGUCGUCGUCCGCUCCUCUGGCGGCGGUUGGCAAAUUUUCGCCCAUGAGACCGGCCACACAUUCGGUGCGGUGCAUGACUGCGACUCUGACACUUGUUCGCAAAAUCUCGAGUCCUCAUCGCAAUGCUGCCCGUUGACAUCCAAGACAUGUGAUGCCAGCGGCAAGUAUAUCAUGAACCCCACGACGGGGACUGACAUUAGCUCGUUUUCAGAGUGCACGAUCGGAAAUAUCUGCUCCGCCAUUGGCCGUAACAGUGUCAAGUCGAGCUGUCUCUCGGCGAACCGCGGCGUCACUACCUAUACAGGUAGUCAGUGCGGGAACGGAAUUGUCGAGGAAGGCGAGGACUGUGAUUGCGGUGGUGAAGCUGGCUGCGGCGACAACAAGUGCUGCAAUCCCACUACAUGCAAGUUUACGUCGGGAUCCGUCUGUGAUGAUUCUAACGACAGCUGCUGCUCGUCAUGCCAAUAUGCUUCUGCGGGCACGGUUUGCCGGGCCAGCCGGAGCGAAUGUGACUUGGCCGAGACAUGCAGCGGCAACUCCAGCUCAUGUCCUUCGGACUCGUACAAAGAUGAUGGCACCAGUUGUGGGAGUAGCGGAUCUGGCCUGAAGUGUGCCAGUGGCCAAUGCACCAGCCGCGACUAUCAAUGCCGCAGUGUGAUGGGCAGCGUCCUACACGAGAACAACACGUACGCUUGCUCGGCAUAUAGCUCUUCGUGCGAGCUGAUUUGCAGCUCCAACUCAAUCUCAUUCGGUGGUCAGUGCGUGGGAUUCAACCAGAAUUUCCUGGAUGGAACUCCUUGUGGUAGUGGCGGCUACUGCAGCAACGGAGACUGCAAGGGACAAAAUGUCAAAUCGUGGAUCAACGACCACAAGGCCAUCGUAAUUGGUGUCGCCUGUGCAGUGGGAGGCUUGUUGCUCCUUGGCCUGCUUUCCUGCUUGGUUCGUCGCUGUCGUCAACCACGCCCCAUGGCUCGACCUGCGCCCCGACCUCCCUACGGGCCCUGGAACGGGCCUAUGGCUCCGCCUCCGCCAAUGAAUCAAUGGCCGAACAAUGCCCCGGCUCAGGGAUACCAGGGCUUGUCCUCGCCUCCGCCGCCGUAUCCCGGACCUGGACCAGCCGGACCACAAUACCCGCAAUAUCCGCCCCAAGGGCGCUAUGCAUGA